UGGGAAGAGGAAUCUCAGAAGCCGAGCCCCAUUCUGUAGUAACUCAAUUAACCAUGGGAGAUGGUGACUCGCCAAUGUGCCUCUCUGUCGUCUCAUUCAAGGGAAUAAGAUGCUGGCUGGACAAACUGUUACUUUGGGCUCUUACAAUUUCUAUCACACUUCAGAAUGCUGCAGUGGAUUGUACAAGGGUGGAAAAUUACGAAUUACCUUCUCCAAAUCUGAACUCAAGUAUGAACGUGGUCAGGAUGGGCCAAAAUGUAUCUCUGUCUUGUUCCACCAAGAACACAUCAGUAGACAUCACCUAUUCGCUCUUCUGGGGUACAAAAUAUCUAGACAGCAAGAGAGGACGAGGGGGAGCUGUGGAUUUCCACCUGAGGAUCUCCAAUGCCAACGAGUCAGGCCCCUACAAAUGCAAAGUCAAUGCUUCCAACUCGAUGAAAUACAGUCAGGAUUUCAACUUCACAAUGGCCAAAGAUGAGAGCUGCCCUUCAUGUCGGCUGUCACUGUUGCUCCCGGGACUGUUACUGGGGCUAUUGGUAAUAGUCCUAGUUGUGGCUUUUUUGAUUCAUCUAAAAUACAAAAAAGGAAAGACUCUGAGAGAGGACCAGUCCAAGAGUUCUGGAGAUGCGCCUGCGCAGGGCGAGCUGUAUGCCAGCGACUGCAAGACUCAGACAGAGCAGCCCCAGGAGAUACACUAUGCCACUCCAGUCUUCAAGGAGACGGCACCCAUGGAAGAAGAAGGCGGUACGGAUGGAAAAGCUGAUUGCGUCUACUCUGAACUCACCCACUGAAGUGUGAAGAAACUGACUGUAUCCCAGUGUAAAGACUUUCUAGUAAGCUGUGUAUGAGAAAAUAGGAAAUUCACCUGGCACUUAAAAGUUUCACUUAAAAAUUCACCUGGCUGAGGCAGGAGGAUCCUGAGUUUGAGGCCAGCUGGGACUACAUUGCAAGACCCUGUCUUAAAACACAAAAUCAAAAAAUAUUUAACCUGGUCACCUACAAUGAGUGUAUUUUUCACAUCUGGACACUAUUUCUUUGGCUAAUUUGGGCACUAAUCUUGUUAUCCAAGUAGCCAGGCUUGAUAAGAGUUAAAACAUACUUAGGUUUUGUGGCCUUCCACCUUCUCCCUUCCCAACACAAUUAUCUUGGGGCUGAGGAGGUGGCUCAGCAGUUAAGAGCAGACACUAGGGCUAGUGAAAUGGCUCUGUGGGUAAGAGCACGGACUGCUCUUCCAUAAAGGUCCUGAGUUCAAAUCCCAGCAACCACACGGUGGCUCACAACCACCCAUAAUAAGAUCUGACACCCUCUUCUGGCGCAUCUGAAGACAGCUACAGUGUAUUUAUGUAUAAUAAUAAAUAAAUCUAAAAAAAAAAAAAAAGAAAAAGAGCAGACACUACUCUUCCAAAGGAUGGGAGUUUGAGUCCAGAGCCUACGUCCCACAACUCAAGCUGCCAAUAACAUUGUUUCCAAAGGAUCCAUCGCCCUCUUCUGGCAUCUGCAGGCACUACACUCAUGUUCACAGACACACCUAAACACAUAAUUAAAUAAAUCAGAGUUGGAAAGAUUUUCU